AUUCUUUUUCUUUUUUUUUUCCAAAAUUGCCAUCCUUCCUCUUCGACGCCGCUCACCUCUGUGGCUACGCUCGUUCCACCUGCGGCUAUGGCGCCCUUCACACAGGUGCAGCCAAUGCAAUCCAGCAACAUCCCUGCAAUCCACUUCGGCUCCACCUCCUUCGACUCAGGAUCCAGCAGCAGUCGUCCGCAGGUCUCUUCUCUCACUGCCUCGACGCCCAUGUCUCCGCUUGCAGCCUCUCUCGCGCAGCGAAUCAGUACCAUUCCGCCAUUGGAUUCCUACCGAUUGUUUAACAUGCCCAAGCCUUUCUCCUGGACACCUACAACAACUCUGGAGCCGCCCCCUGUUUUUGCGCCACCUCUAGCUUUAGGCGCAUCGCAGGCUGUUUUUUCUGGCCCCACUCUUUCUGGCCACGUCGGGGUUCAAUCGAUGCCGACAGAUAAUUCACAUCCCAGCCAGGUUUGCCUUUCAGUUCGGUCUCGUUAUCUUCUUUGGCAUCACAUUUAGCAUUCUGGACACCCAACGUGACUAAUAUUGUGACCACCCGGUUAUCUGACGUUGAAGAUUAUUUACCGUGGCGUACUCAAUUUGAGUCAUUUUUAGUAUCUCAUAGUCUUCUAGGGAUACUAGAUGGCUCAAUUCGGGUACCCCACCUAUUGUUUUUGACUUGGCUAGGUGUGAGACACCUAAUUCUGAAUAUCACGAUUGGCUGAAAAUUGAUACAUUAGGCAGGAAUGUUCUCAUGGACUGUCUUCUCUUGGUUGUUUGCUACAUUAGGCAGGAAUGUUCUCAUGGAGGUUUAUACUCUUAAGUAUUCUCAACAGGUGUGGGAGAGAUUACAGUCUCGUUUUAUGUCUGCCUGUUUUGCUAGAUCCAUAGAAUUAAAGCGUUUAUUAUCUCAUGUUAAAAAGAAAGAAUCUCAUACUAUGGACCACUAUCUGUUGAAAAUAAAAAUUAUGACAGACUCUCUUGCGGCUAUAAAUUCACCGGUUAGCAACAGAGAACUUAUAGAAUAUGCUGUGCUUGGGCUCGGUCGUGGCUAUGAAUCUCUCAUCAACACGAUCUCUUAUAUUUCGGCGGCGGAUUUGGAGACUCUUAGACCUCUUCUCCAGGCGCAAGAACAAAGGGAUGCUUUUCUGCAGACUCAGGACACAUCUCCGGUGCACCAGGCCUUUGCAGCAGCCCAGGGACCUGCUGGCAGAGGUGGCCCUCGCGGUGGAGCUCCUGGUCGUGGCCCAGGAGGACGGGGUGGACGUGGACGUGGGAGACGCGGACGUGGUGGCCGCGGGUAUUACCAGCAGUACCCCCCUUAUCAGCAGCUUGGGGGUGCUCCUCCGGCAUAUGGCGGUCAUCCCGGACAGCCGAUUAUUCCUCCACGUGGUCCCACAUAUACUGGCGGUACAGGUUCAGUUUUGAGUAAUAUUAGUUCUGGUUUUGGUUUUACUAAUCCCUCUCGUACUUGUGUUACUCCUAUUUGCAAUGCAGGUUUUCCAUCUGUAGAGAAUUCUUAUAAUUCACCUGCACCUCGAGUUAUUUGUCAGCUCUGCUUUUCUCCGGGUCACUCUGCUUUGACAUGUUCCCGUUUCACUGCCCAAAAUACUCCUGCUCUUGCGGCUCUACCCACCGGUGAGACGCAUGAUUCCGUAUGGUACCCUGAUUAUGGAGCUUCCGCGCACAUGACUCCUCACGAAGGACAACCAAACGAGGGAGCUUCUUCUUCAGGCUUCUAAUAGAGAUCAUGUCUACCUUUUUUCUGCUUUUCAAGCCCGAGUUGUACCUCGUCCCAUUUGGCACAAGCGUCUAGGGCAUUGUGGUGAUCGAGAUCUAUGUACUCUUAGGCAAAAUAAAUUAAUUACUAGUUCUUCUAAUUUUAAUCAUGACUGUGUUUCUCGUAAGCUGGGAAAAUCCCACAGACUUUCAUUUUCUGAUGCUACUCAUGACACAUCUGCUCCUUUAGAAAUUAUUCAUUCUGAUGUUUGAGUGUUUGACAAUC